AUUUUUACAAAUUGCACAAUUGAGAAACAAAAGUCUUUUUGAUACAUAGAAUAUUUUGAUAAGGAAGGACGGAAGGAAGGAAACCGCCCCCCGAAAUCCAUUAAAAUUGCAGCAGCCAUGCCGAAUAUGUCUAGCAUUAAGGCCGAGCAGCAGAGUGCCCCAAUCGGGGGCACAGGCAGCUACCAACUACCCGUGAACAUGUGCACCAGCAGCAGCAACAGCAGCGCGAUGACGAUGACGACGACGACAGGAUCGGCGACGCCGUCGCGUCACAAUGUGUCCGUGACGAACAUUAAAUGUGAAUUAGAGGAGCUUCCCACGCCGAAUGGCAAUCUGGUGCCGGUCAUCGCCAACUAUAAUCAUGGCAGCCUGAGGAUACCCCUCAGUGGGCAGCCACACACCGCGGAGGAAGAGUCGGACUCCGAGGCGGAGCUCACGAAUAUCGAGAACCUGAAGGUGCGCCGGCGGGCGGCGGAUAAGAACGGACCCCGACCCAUGUCCUGGGAGGGGGAACUGAGCGAACCCGAGGAGAACGGAGGCAGCUGUGGCGGAGGAGGGGCAGAGCUGAUGGAAACGGAGACGGUGAUCAAGAGUGAGGUGUGCAGCACGUCGACGCCCAUUCAGGCGGCGUCCACCACCUGCCCCACGAUGCAGCCGAUCAAAACGGAGCUGGAGAACAUUGCCGGAGAGCUGCAGCAUCAUCCGCGAAGCAACGCCUAUCCGGUGUCCAGCUGCAACGGUCCCGCGAAACUGAAGCUGGCGCCCACCCAGAGCGAUCCGAUCAAUCUCAAGUAUGAGCCCCCCCUGGGGGACAACAACUCCCCGCUGCUGACGACCCGCAACAAGUCGAACAGUGGGGGACACCUGCCGCUGCCAGCGAAUCCCAGUCCCGACUCUGCCAUACAUUCCGUCUACACCCACAGCUCACCGUCGCAGUCGCCGCUGACGUCGCGGCAUGCACCGUACACGCCGUCGCUGAGUCGCAACAACAGCGACGCCUCGCACAGCAGUUGCUACAGCUACAGCUCGGAGUUCAGUCCGACGCACUCGCCGAUUCAGGCGCGGCAUGCCCCACCGGCGGGAUCCAUGUAUCCCGGCAGCGGAUCCGCGGCAGGAAACGGAGGAGCCGGAAGCAGCUACGGGAACGGCGUGCAUCAUCAUGGUAUGCUGUACAGGCCGCUCAAAGCGGAGGCCUCCUCAACGGGUGGAUCGAGCCAGGAGUCGGCACAAAAUCUCAGCAUGGACUCGGCUUCCAGUGCCAUGGAUCCGCUAGGAUCGGGCUCGCUGCCCGCCUCCCCGGCCGGGAUCUCCCGCCAGCAGCUGAUCAACUCCCCCUGCCCGAUCUGUGGGGACAAGAUCAGUGGCUUCCACUAUGGCAUCUUCUCCUGCGAGUCCUGCAAGGGUUUCUUCAAGCGCACCGUCCAGAAUCGCAAGAACUACGUGUGCGUCCGUGGGGGACCCUGCCAGGUGAGCAUUUCCACGCGCAAAAAGUGCCCUGCCUGUCGGUUCGAGAAGUGCCUGCAGAAGGGCAUGAAACUGGAGGCCAUACGCGAGGAUCGCACCCGUGGCGGUCGCUCCACCUAUCAAUGCUCCUACACGCUGCCCAAUUCGAUGUUGAGUCCGCUCUUGAGUCCGGAUCAGGCGGUGGCAGCCGCUGCGGUAGCUUCAGUGGCCAAUCAUCAGCACCAGCACCAGCAGCAUCAUCAGCACCAGCAUCAACAGCAGAGACUCCAGCAGCAGAUGAAUGGCUUUUCAGGGUCGACAUCCCUGCCGGCGAGUCCCAGUCUGGGAGGAGCAUCCAUCAAAACAGAGGAAUCCGAGGCGAAGACAUUAAGAGCGAGCAGUAUUCCAACGCUAUUGCAGGAAAUCAUGGAUGUUGAACAUCUUUGGCAGUACACCGAUGCAGAGCUGGCCCGCAUCAAUCAGCCAUUGUCCGCCUUUGCCUCUGGUGGCAGCUCCUCAUCAUCAUCGUCGUCGUCUGCCGCCUCAACGGCACACCAGAACCACCAACAGCAGCAGCAGCAGCAACAGCCGCAUCAGCACCAGCAGCAGCAAUUGACCAACCCACUGCUGGCCAGUGCCGGUCUCUCGUCCAACGGGGAGAAUGCCAAUCCCGAUCUGAUUGCUCAUCUCUGCAAUGUGGCCGAUCAUCGUCUCUACAAGAUUGUCAAAUGGUGCAAGAGUCUGCCGCUCUUUAAGAACAUUUCGAUCGAUGAUCAAAUCUGUUUGCUGAUCAAUUCGUGGUGCGAACUGUUGCUCUUCUCCUGCUGUUUCCGUUCGAUUGAUACGCCCGGGGAGAUAAAGAUGUCCCAAGGCAGAAAGAUAACACUAUCACAGGCCAAAACGAAUGGGCUUCAGACCUGCAUCGAACGCAUGCUCAAUCUGACGGACCAUUUGAGGCGUCUGCGCGUGGACCGCUACGAAUAUGUUGCCAUGAAGGUGAUAGUGCUGCUGCAGUCAGACACCUCAGAGCUGCAUGAGGCGGUGAAAGUGCGGGAGUGCCAGGAGAAGGCAUUGCAGGGCCUGCAGGCCUAUACGCUGGCCCACUAUCCGGAUACGCCUUCCAAGUUUGGAGAGCUGCUGCUGCGUAUACCCGACCUGCAGCGCACAUGUCAGCUGGGCAAGGAAAUGCUGACGAUCAAGACACGCGAUGGAGCUGACUUCAAUUUGCUGAUGGAGCUGUUGCGCGGAGAACAUUGACAAUUGUUGACGGCGACAAAGUUUUACAUAUUUAGUAUUAGAUAUAUCUAUUGUAGGGUUAAGUGCUCUACCUAUAAGCUCUGAAAACAUGUGCCUAAAAACCCAAAGCCGCAACAGCAGUCGUCGCCGCAGACGGGAUCCGAUCCGCGACCCCUCCCAAGCAUUGACCCGAAACUAUGCGCAAAAAUUGCCAAAUUUUUAUACACGAACUAUACAUAUUUUGAUAUACUCGUUUGAUGAAUGCCAUGUGCUGGAAGGGCGGGAGGACCGCCCCGCGCGCGUUGCCCUGUCUGUUGCUGGCUUUUGAGUUUCCAGUAAGAAGAAAAGAAACAAUUAUAUAACGUUUUUCGCUAUAUAUGAAUGAUAUAUAUACCGAUGACUUAUGUAUAGAGUAAACUAAAGCACACAAUGGAAAAUGAAAAGACUAAGAAAAUUUAUUUAAAAAAUUACUACGUAUAAA